AAGCACACUCUCAGCACUUCUUUGCUACGCCCAUGGGCAGAGAAGUAGCACCCGAGGGAUGGCGGCUCCAGCGCCGGAACCGGCUCCGGUAGAGGCACUGGACACACCCUCGCAGGAGGACGGCAUCAGCUGCGAGGCGGAAGCAGAGCUGCGUGCCUAUGGCGCAGUGCUGAUUCAACGCGCCACGGUGCUGUUGCGCCUACAUCAGAGCGCCUGCGUAACGGCCGCGGGGAUCUUUCAGCGCUUCUUCUGCCGGAGGUCCUUGGCGGAUUUCGAUGUGCGGGUCACUGCUGCAGCGUGCCUGCUCCUGUCCUGCAAGCUGCAGCAGGAGCGCAGGCUCAAGGACAUCGUGGUGGUCUUUUGUCGCCUCUUCUGGCGCGCCCAGACCGUGGAGGCCGGACCCUUGCCCAGCCACCGCGGGAGCUUUCUGGAGAUGCGGCAGGCCAUGGUGAACGUGGAGAAGCAGAUCCUUCACGAGCUGGGCUUCGGAGUGGUUCUGCUGCGGACCACGCCGCACAGGUACAUGCUGCAGUUCGUGCGGGCCAUGAUGGCGACCGCCAACCUGGUGGAUGUAAUUCAGGGUGCCUGGAACUAUCUCAAUGACUCCAUCAGAACAACGCUGUGUUGCCAAUACCAGCCCCACGAGCUUGCAGCGGCCAGCAUUUUCCUGGCCGCCGACAAAUUAGGGAUUCAGCUGCCCAGCCGGCCUCCCUGGUGGAAGUCCUGCUGUGUCAGUUUCGAGGACCUGAUGCAGAUCGCCACGACCAUGGCAGCGCUGUACAGGCAGCCAGAGCCGCGGUGGCGCGAGGUGCGCAAGGAGAUGGUGGACGUGCCCGGCUUUCUCCGCUCCCCAGAGACGGAGGAGUCGGCGGGGAAGUCACCCGACCAGCGGGAGGCCAGCCGCAGCCGAAGCCCCCGGCCCAAGCGCGUGGUGCGACUCACCUUGGGCCGCCGCUGAGACUUGCUGCGGAAAAGCGCCGGGUUCGGUUCGGUUCGGAGAGCACGAA